AUGGCUCGGAUAUCAUCGCUUCAGCCGUUUACCGGCGGCGACUUUGAAGAGUUUGAGGAAAGACUUGAAUUCUAUUUCUUUGCCAAUGAUAUUGGAACCGUGGCUGCUUCGGCCAAUGCUGCAGACAAGUUGGCUGCCAGCAAGAAAAGGAAGGCUGUAUUAGUGAGUUUGCUGUCUGCGGAAGUCUACUCGAUUUUGAGGAGCCUCUGUCUGCCAGCGAAAGUAGCUGACAAGAAACUGUCGGAGAUUUGCGAUCUUUUGAGGAAGUAUUUUCAACCUGCAAUUUCGCAAGUUUCGGCGACGUUCAAUUUCCAUCAGUUGAAGCAGAAGGAAAAUGAGUCGACUGCGGAUUUCAUCAUUCGUCUGAAGAGAUUGGCUGUGAGGUGUGAGUUUGCUGAUCACCUCGAUCGAGCGCUUCGAGACCAGUUUAUUGCUGGCUUGAGCAGCUCAUCCACUCGAAAUUUCUUAUUGACGAAAGAAGAUACUUCGGCACAGUCGUUCAAUGACAUCGUCAAACUAGCUUUGACGCAGGAAUCGGCUGCGCGCGCGGCCGUGCAGCUGACCUCUCAGCAGGAAGUGCACAAGGUGAAUCACCGGCCAGUGGAAUCGCGUUCGCAGGCGCAGUCUGGUGUUUCUCGUCAAUCUCAUCAAUCUCGAGAGCAGAGAUUGUGCUACCGCUGUGGGUCUACUCAACACUUGGCGGAUAAGUGCAAACACAAGGCCACUGAGUGUCGUCACUGCCACAGGAAGGGGCACUUGGAGCGUGUUUGCCGGCAGAAAUCUACGUCAGGUGCGUCGGUGCACAAUGUUGUGACUGAUGACGCAGGUGAGCAUGAAUCUGCUGAUCUUGAGUGCAUGCCAAUGUUCCACAUUUCGGAUCAGGGCGAAUUGAAGAGCAAAUCUGUUCCCUCCUACAAAUUGGAAAUUGCUGUGAAUGAUGUUCCUGUUGUAAUGGAAAUCGACACAGGCAGUGGCAUUUCAAUCAUUUCUGUCCAUGAUUUUGAGUCACUUGGGGUGUCUCGUACAAAUUUAACCAAACCGAGUGUACGCAUGACCGGUUUUUCUGGGGCAGAAAUCAAAUGUAUUGGUGAAGGGAAGUUCAAUGUCAGCAUUGAUGGUGUGGAGAAACCAACACUACUCCGUGUGGUGGAUAAUGGUGGUCCGUCAUUGUUGGGCAGGGAUAUGUUGUCCCAAUUUACUCUACCGUGGAAACAGAUUGUCAAUGUCAAUCAUGUUCAAAUGGAUGGUAGGAGGAGAGCUCUCAUUGAGGAAUUUGAGGAGCUAUUCGAUACGACUCAGGUUGGCAAGCUGAGGUCGGCUCAAAUCACCCUGAGAGUGGAUGAUUCUGAUCCAAUUUUCCACAAGGCGCGUCCCGUACCGUUCUCUAUCACGGAGAAGUACGAGGAGGCUUUGGAGAAAUUGGAAGCAGAGGGAGUUAUUCGCAAAGUUGAGCACUCCAAAUGGGCAUCGCCUACUGUGCCAGUACUGAAAUCGGAUGGUAGUAUCCGAAUUUGUGCUGAUUACUCUCGCUCAAUCAAUGCCAAGUCUGAUUUGGAGCACUACCCGCUACCUACUAUUGAGGAAAUGUUAGCGAAAUUGUCGGGGGGAGAUAAAUUCACCAAAUUGGAUCUCUCCCAAGCCUAUCACCAACUGGAGCUUGAUCCAGCUUCUCGGCCGUACACGACAAUCUCUACUCACAAGGGGUUGUAUGAAUACGUGAGAUUGCCGUUUGGCAUUCACUCGGCAGUGGCAAUUUUCCAACGCACAAUGGAAUCCAUAUUGGCAGAUCUGCCUGGGUGCAUCGUCUAUGUGGAUGACAUCCUGAUUACUGGGAAGGAUGAGGAUGAACACCACAACAACCUGAUCAGGGUACUACGUCGCCUACAGGAGGCCGGGAUGAAGCUUAAUCCCGGUAAGUUUCAUUUCAUGAUGGAUGAGAUUUCCUACCUGGGUCACACGAUUUCUAGUGCUGGUGUGGCUCCUACAGCGGAUAAGAUUGAGGCAAUGCGGGACGCUAAGGCUCCUUCGAAUGUUAACGAGCUUCAAUCAUUCAUUGGAACGGCGAAUUUCUUGCGACGGUUCAUACCUCAUUUCGCAACAAUAAUGGUACCUCUGUACAAUCUGGUGAAGAAAUCUGCUGAAUGGCAAUGGGACCCCGGAAUUUCAGUGCGGCCAAGCUGUCCUGGCUUUGAAUUUCGGCAAAGGAGGAGAUAA